AGCCUGUCCACUCUGCUCGUCACCAGCGUCUGCGUCACCUCAUUCUCGACAAAGAAUUUCGCCAUCGAAAACGACACGUGAAUUCCUGGUCCAUUCUUCCACCACCGCGCUGCUGGAGGGCAUACAACCAUUCACUUGCGCGAAGUUACCUGCAGCGGACGAGCCCGUUGUCUUCUGCAGUAGAGCGCAUCUUUCGGCAGACCAGCUCUUCUUCCUCUUUCUCACAUCCUCCUCGCCAUCAACCCCACCACCUCCACCAACCUACCUACCACCCACCGACCCAGCCACCACCGAACGAUCCCUCACCACGACAGCACUGCGCGACAUUGCCCAGCAUGUCACAAGCAGGCGCCAACUCGGCCAAGCAGCCACCUCCGCCUAUGCCCACAUCCAAGGACGAUGUUGUCGGCACAUGGAACUAUUUGCAGUGGGGUGUGGAACAGAUCAUGUACAGCCUGAGUGAUGGCGUCGACCUCCGGACAUACAUGUCCCUCUACACCUCCAUCCACAACUUCUGCACAGCACAAAAAGCCGCCGGCUCAGCGAACAGCCACCUCAACUCGAACCACCGCGGCGCGCACCUCCUCGGAGAAGACCUCUACCAUCGCCUCAACGAUUACCUCAAGCGCCACCUCGCAGGCGUCCACGCCGAGAUGGUCCUGCACGCUGAUGAAGCACUCCUCACAUUCUACAUCAAGGAGUGGAAGCGAUACACACAAGCCGGCAUGUACAACAACCAUCUGUUCCGGUAUCUGAACCGUCACUGGGUGAAGCGUGAGAUGGAUGAGGGUAAAAAGGACGUGUACGACAUCUACACUCUGCAUUUGGUGCGGUGGAAGGAGGACAUGUUCGGAUCAACACAAAAUGCGGUCAUGGACGCUGUCCUGCGUUUGGUGGAGAAGCAGCGCAAUGGUGAGACUAUCGAGCAGUCAAAGAUCAAGGAUGUGGUUCAGUCUUUUGUCUCACUCGGCAUCGACGAGUCGGACAGCACCAAGACUACACUCGACGUCUACCGCCAGUACUUUGAGAAGCCGUACCUCGAGGCGACAUCGGCGUACUACGAGAAAGAGUCGUCGCAGUUCCUCGCGGAGAAUUCGGUGGUGGACUACAUGAAGAAGGCGGAGCGUAGGCUGGACGAGGAGAAGGAGCGGGUGCCACUCUACCUGCUGCCUGAGAUUCUGACUCCGCUGAUGAAGUGCUGCGAGCAAGCUCUGAUCGCGAAGCAUGCUGUCACUCUGCGAGACGAGUUCCAGGUCUUGCUCGACAACGAUCGUGAAGCUGAUAUGGCGCGCAUGUACAAGCUGCUGGCUAGGAUUCCCGAGGGCCUCGAUCCUCUGCGCACUCGAUUCGAGAGCCACGUUCGUCAAGCUGGUCUCCUCGCGGUGGAGAAGAUUGACGAUGCAAAGGACGGCCUGGAUCCAAAGGCCUACAUCGACGCGCUGCUCGAAGUGCACACGCAGUACGCCGCUCUGGUGCAGAACGCAUUCAACGGCGAGUCGGAAUUUGUGCGCUCGCUCGACAAUGCUUGCCGCGAAUAUGUCAACCGCAACAAGGUCUGCGCGAAGAAUCCCAACCGGUCGCCUGAAGUCCUCGCCAAGCACGCCGACAAUGUUCUCAAGCGCUCGACGAAGGCCACCGAGGAGGACGACAUGGAGAAGACGCUCGACCAGGUGAUGACCAUCUUCAAGUACGUUGAAGACAAGGACGUCUUCCAGAAGUUCUACUCCCGCCACCUUGCAAAGCGCCUGGUCAACACCACCUCUGCCUCUCCCGACGCUGAGACUUCGAUGAUCGCCAAGCUCAAGGAUGCUUCUGGAUUCGAAUACACCAACAAGUUACAGCGCAUGUUCCAGGAUAUGCAGACAUCUAGAGAUCUCAACGACGCAUUCGAGGUAUGGCGGAAUGCGAGUGCUGGUGAGAGGGACCCAAAGGAGGAGGUCGACGCCAACUACCAGAUUCUCGGAACCGGGUUCUGGCCUCUUCAGCCGCCUGUCACCCCCUUCGCGCCUCCUGCCGUCAUCAACAAGACCUACGAGCGCUUCACGAAUUUCUACCAAAGCAAGCACGGUGGUCGCAAACUGACAUGGUUGUGGCAUCUCUGCAAGGGCGAGAUGCGCGCCAACUUUGUCAAGCUGAACAAGGUCCCCUACACGCUUCAGGUCUCCACGUACCAGAUGGCUAUCCUCCUCUUGUUCAACGACUCCGAUACUGUGGCAUACGACGACAUCGCUGAAGCGACCUCGCUGGUCAAGGAGACUCUCGACCCGUCCAUCGGCAUCAUGCUCAAGGCGAAGCUCCUGAUUGCCAAGCCAGACAAUGCGCCUUAUUCGAGCGGCGCUACCUUCACUCUCAACCAUGCUUUCAAGCAUAAGAAGAUCAAGGUCAACCUCAACGUCAUGAUCAAGGCUGAGCAGAAGCAGGAGGCUGAGGAUACCCACAAGACGAUCGAGGAGGACCGCAAGAUGCUCAUGCAGUCCGCCAUCGUCCGCAUCAUGAAGUCUCGCAAGAUCAUGAAACACAACGAGCUGGUGUCCGAGACCAUCGCCCAGAUCAAAAACCGCUUCUCGCCCAAGGUCUCCGACAUCAAGAAGUGCAUCGACAUCCUGCUCGAGAAGGAGUACCUGGAGCGUCUGGACGGUGGCGAUCUCGGCUACCUUGCUUAG